AUGAUGUCUUACCUCAAACAACCCCCAUACGGCAUGAACGGGCUGGGCCUAGCCGGCCCUGCCAUGGACCUCCUGCACCCCUCCGUGGGCUACCCUGCCACCCCGCGGAAGCAGCGACGGGAGCGCACCACCUUCACGCGCUCACAGCUGGACGUGCUCGAGGCGCUGUUCGCAAAGACUCGCUACCCAGACAUCUUCAUGCGCGAAGAGGUGGCGCUCAAGAUCAACCUGCCCGAGUCCAGAGUCCAGGUUUGGUUCAAGAACCGCCGCGCCAAGUGCCGCCAGCAGCAGCAGAGCGGGAAUGGAACGAAAAGCCGGCCGGUCAAGAAGAAGUCGUCCCCAGUGCGCGAGAGCUCGGGCUCCGAGAGCAGCGGCCAGUUCACGCCGCCCGCCGUGUCUAGUUCUGCUUCUUCGUCUAGCUCAGCGUCCAGUGCCUCUGCCAACCCGGCGGCUGCUGCGGCCGCCGGCCUGGGUGGGAACCCGGUGGCAGCCGCGUCCUCUCUGAGCACGCCUACUGCUUCGUCCAUCUGGAGCCCAGCCUCCAUCUCGCCGGGCUCGGCGCCGGCGUCCGUCUCGGUGCCAGAGCCACUGGGCGCUCCGAGCAACGCCUCGUGCAUGCAGCGCUCGGUAGCCGCAGGUGCGGCCACUGCCGCGGCCUCCUACCCCAUGUCCUAUGGCCAGGGCGGAAGCUAUGGCCAGGGCUACCCCGCGCCCUCCUCUUCUUACUUUGGCGGUGUAGACUGCAGCUCCUACCUAGCGCCCAUGCACUCUCAUCACCACCCGCACCAGCUUAGCCCCAUGGCGCCCUCCUCCAUGGCUGGUCACCACCACCACCACCCGCACGCGCACCACCCACUGAGCCAAUCUUCUGGCCACCACCACCACCAUCACCACCACCACCACCACCAAGGUUAUGGGGGCUCUGGGCUCGCCUUCAAUUCUGCCGACUGCUUGGAUUACAAGGAGCCUGCCGCCGCCGCCGCUUCCUCUGCCUGGAAACUCAACUUCAACUCUCCCGACUGUCUGGACUAUAAGGACCAAGCCUCGUGGCGGUUCCAGGUCUUGUGA